GUUCUUCCAUAAAGGGGGCUUUCCAAGCUCGGCUCGAGCGGGAAUGGCCAGCGCCAACAAGGACACCGGCUUGGAAUACCUCGUCAAUCAGCUCAUCUCUGUCAUCACAAACGAUGGGCGGAACAUCGUGGGAAUGCUCAAGGGAUACGAUCAGGCGACGAACUUAAUCAUCGAUGAAUCGCACGAGAGGGUCUACUCCACAACGACUGGAGUAGAGCAGCAUGUCUUGGGAUUGUACAUUAUCAGAGGCGACAACAUCGCUGUGGUAGGAGAGUUGGACGACGAAAUGGAAUCCACGCUUGAUCUAACUGCGAUCAAAGCCCAUCCUCUCAAGCCCAUCCAACAUGGAGCUUAAAAAAUGGGCACAAAAGGCUCGGACUCUAACCGGUUUGUUAAUUUCCGUUAACUCCACGUCAGCCCUAGUUUCUUCUCACCGAGCGCGGGCUCUCGUCUUUCAACCGUCCGCCCGCCUUUUCUGCUCUCCGCCCUUCUUUCUUCGUUUUUAGGGUUCUUGUAGGUAGAAUCGAUGAUCGCGUGAUCGCGGCGGCGUGUCGCUGGUAGAUUGGAUCGAUCAGUGUAUCUUUCUUGUUUCUACCGGAUGCCUCUUCGCGGUUCUUCCCCCCC